AUGGCCUUCAACACAAUGGAGGACCAAGUAAUGAUGCUGAGGAAGCAAAUUGUAGCGACCGAGUCCCAGCUUCAGUCACUAAAAUCGCAGCUAUCCGAAGCCGAGACAUUCAUGGAGACCGCACGACGACACCGAGCAGCCAGCGAGCAAUUGGAGCAAGCUUUCCAAGGCGGGAUGCCUGCGGAAUGGAUCAGUGAGACGGCCGCUGCCUUGAGUCCAUCUUUCUUUGCGGGCCUGGAGGAUUCCGUGGCAAUACGACAGGAUCCGGGUCAGAGAGGGUUUGUCAAUCCAGCUGAGCCUGUUGCGGAUCCACGCUGGCCAUUGAGCGGAGAGGAGUACAAGAGAUAUGGAAGGCAAAUGAUCAUGUCGGAGAUUGGGCUGCAUGGUCAGCUACGAUUGAAGAAUGCAAGAGUCUUGAUCGUGGGAGUAGGAGGACUGGGAUGUCCCGCGGCCGCAUAUCUGGCUGGCGCAGGCGUAGGAACGCUGGGCUUGAUGGAUGGCGAUGUAGUCGAGGUGUCGAAUCUGCAUCGUCAAGUCGCUCAUGGCACUUCGAGGGAUGGACUGAGUAAGGUGGAGAGCGCAUAUGCCUAUCUUUCAGAUCUCAAUCCCUUGGUCAAGUACAACCGCCACUCCACACAUCUCUCUCCAUCCAUCGCCCUGGAAGUCUUCUCCAACUACGAUCUCGUCCUAGACUGCACCGACCACCCGACCUCCCGCUACCUCAUCUCCGAUGCCUGCGUGCUAGCCGGCAAGACCCUCGUCUCAGCCUCCGCCCUCCGCACCGAAGGCCAACUCAUAGUCCUCAACAACCCACCCCGACCAGCCGGCGACAAAUCCGGCGGACCCUGCUACCGCUGCGUCUUCCCCCGACCACCACCCCCCGAAGCUGUGCUCUCCUGCGGCGAAGGCGGAAUAAUCGGCCCCGUAGUAGGCGUCAUGGGCGUCCUCCAAGCCCUCGAAGCCAUCAAAGUCCUAACCACCAAACCCCACCCUCCUCCCUCCGAGCUAGAAAUUCUCAUGGAAGAAGAACCUCUCCCACCUCCCAAACCCACCCUCCUGAUGUUCUCAGCUUACAGCCAUCCUCCCUUCCGCUCAGUCCGCAUGCGAAAUCGAUACGCAACAUGCUCUACUUGUUCAGCAACAUCAACCAUCUCAGCGAGUAAUCUCACCGAUGGAUCUCUCGAUUACGCGGCUUUUUGCGGCAUCACACAUCCCGUAUCACUCCUCCCUCCCGAGAGGAGAGUUUCGGCACCGCAGUUCGCGAGAUUACCUAGGGAUGGGAGUAAUGUGUUAAUUGAUGUGCGGGAUGAAACGCAGUAUGCCAUGUGUGCUUUGCGAGGGUCUCUUAAUGUGCCUUGGACGGGGAAUUCGGAGAGUUGGGUGGAGAAGGCGUAUCAAGCUGGGGCACUUCCUGCGCAGGAGGGAAGUGAGUUGUAUGUGGUGUGUAGGUAUGGGAAUGAUUCGCAGUUGGCUGUGAAAGCUAUUGCGGAUUUGGCGCAUGAUGGGCGGGGGAAUAUCAUGGCCAAGGACAUUGAGGGGGGUUUUAGAGCGUGGAAGCAGCUCGUUGAUAGAGAGUGGCCGGAGUAUUGA